CUGUCGCUCGUUGUUGUUUUCCAGGUCUGUGCUGCAGUUACACCGCCCGAUGUAUUCAUUAUCAGGGUUUUAAAUCGUUUUGGUUUAAGUCUUUGGGCUGAGACGGAUUUCGAAAAACUUCGCUCUGUACUGGAAAAGGAAAGUGUGGAUGAUACGAGUAGGGCUAUAGUGGUUCUGGCCGAAGAGAUGCUUCAGCUGCUGAUCAUCGUCAUUGGUUAG